AUGGAGCUCUGUGACACUGGGAGCGCAGCAAUGGAGCUCUGUUCAACUGGGAGCACAGCAAUGGAGCUCUGUGCCACUGGGAGCGCAGCAAUUGAGCUCUGUGCCACUGGAAGCACUGCAAUGGAGCUCUGUGCCACUGUGAGCACAGCAAUGGAGCUCUGCACCACUGGGAGCACAGCAAUGGAGCUCUGCACCACUGGGAGCACAGCAAUGGAGCUCUGCGCCACUGGGAGCACAACAAUGGAGCUCUGUACCACUAGAAACACCGCAAUAGAGCUCUAUGCCAAUGGGAACAAAGCAAUGGGACUCAGUGGCACUGGAAGCACCGCAAUGGAGCUCUGCGCCACUGGGAGCGCAGCAAUGGAGCUCUGCUAA